GCGGGAGCUAUGGGAGGUGUCGGAGCAGGCCUGGAACGCCUCUCCCGCUGCACAGUUAACUUCCACUUCUGGGCUCCCUGGACUGCAGGUUCAGAACGGGAAGCACCGAGAGGCCAUGAAGCCCAGCCGAGAGAUUGCGAAGUCCAGCCAACAGAUCGCAAAGUCCAGCCAACAGGCCGUGAAGGCCACCCGAGUGACCGCGGAGUACACCCGCGAGACCCCAAAAGGCACCCGAGAGACCUGGAGGGUCACCCGAGAGACCGUGGAGUUCGCCCAAGGGGCCACGAAGUCUAGCCGAGGGACCGCAAAGGCCAUCAAGAAGUCAUGAAAGGACGCCGAAGCCCCAAAGAGGCCAAGUUCAAGGACAGAGAGCUGGUUGGGAUGGGAGGGAUGCCGCCGCCGUAUAUCCAGAUCUGCCCUCCCCAUCCCUCCGCGGGGCCAGCCGUGCCACCGAACCCCCCGGCAGGCUGUCCUGGCUCUGGGCCUUACCCGCCAAAUGUUAAUGCUGGCGGUGCCCCUGGGCACGGCGGGCACCCGCCCCAUAGCCGCCCCCCCCAUGGCCACCCGCCCCCCCGUGCUCCAGGAAUGACCCCGGGAGGACCCUACUGCGUGCCCGCACCGCCUGGCUGCCAGCCUCCUCCAGGGCACCAUCCUGGGCAUCGCAGGCACCACAAACACGGUCCUGGACACCCCUGCCGCCAGGGCCGUCGCGGUUCCUGUAGCUCGGGCUCCGAUUCUGCCUGAGGAGUGCCAGCCGGCCUGGGGCCUGGGGCCUGGGGAAGCGGCCCACGGCCCAGCCACCCUCCCCGCGGCCACGGUCCGCUCCUGCUCGUCCUGCUGCCCCCCGAGGGUUCCGUGUCUGCCCUGAAAUUAAAAGCUCCUCCGGGAGGCCUGCUUCA